GCAACAGUUGCGACGACAGUGACAGUGACAGUGACGCCAGCGUCGACGCUGGCAGCAUGAUUAGUCAACUGGAAUGGUUGCUGAGAGCAACAGCAACAGCAACAACAAUGACCAAAGCAAAACGAGGCAAGCAGCAGCAGCAUUAAUAGUGGCGUUCUGAGCAGCGCUUAAAAUGCAAGAAAAAAACAUUGGACGUGCCAGGGGGAAAGCAAUAUAAGAGAAAUAAAGGCAUAAUUUGUUUAAAUUAGGCUGCAAAAAGUGUUUAAUUAGUUUCAAUUAUAGUGACAAACUAGAAGGUCCGCACCAAAAGUAUACCUGGGCACACGAGGUUCCAUCACUCGCCAAGCUGACUGCGCUGUCACAACAUGCAGUGUGGACACCGCCCAAACGCAAGCUGGCAGCAGCAGCUUGCAUCUAUGUACCUCGUGGCCAUUUGCUUGUUGUCCAACUAUGUUUGCGUGUCCGUGCAGGAGUCGCAGGAUUUUCUGGCCGUGGAGCCCGUCUACUAUUAUGUAGGGUGCUAUACGGCCCGAACGGAUCUGCUCAAGGAAUCGGUGUACGCGAAGAUGCCACAAACCUGCAUAGAAAUCUGUGAGCAUCAGGGGCACAGAUACGCAGUGCUAGCUGCCGAGAAGUGCUUUUGCGCCAAUCAACUGGAGCCGCAAGAAAAGCAGGACGACCAGCUCUGCUACACCCGAUGCCUGGCUAACAAGGCACAGUACUGCGGCGGCGUGGGUGUGCAUUCAUACUACUCCACAACGCUGCUGAGGCAGCCAGCGCCGCACCAUCUGCGCGUGGUCAACAGCACGGAGAACAGCAUCAGCCUGGCCUGGGAUGCAUAUGAGUCGAAGAAGCUGUUGCUGGCUGGCAGCGCAGAGGCUCUCGCGGCACAAUCUCAGCAAAUAGCCAACAUUCUAAUCAAGUGUCAGAUUGUACAGACUUACUCAACGCUGCCCGCAUUUCUGCAGCCCGAAUUCAUAGUGCAGAGCACGGAGACACGUUUCGAACUGACCGAUCUUCAUCCUGCAACUCUUUACAACAUCAGUGUUCGCGCCAUUUGUGUGCAACAGCAACAAGAGAAGAGCGAGUGCGGCCAUGCCACACUUAAGGCCAGCACCGAGGUAGGUUUACCCAGCCCAGCGCCUGCACAACCCAAAGUUCUGAGUCGCACGAAGGACAGCAUAACCGUGGAGCUAGCACCCGUAUACAACGACAACGGACCGGUAACGAAGCUACUGAUUAUUGUGGAAUUUGUUGACGAUGCGCUGAGCCAGCCAUUUGAUGCACAACUGCUGGGCAGCUGGCAGCUGGCGCAGCAGACCGGCGUUCCUUACUACAUAGCCGCUGAGCUGGACUACGAUCGGCCGGAGGACAAUCGCACCAGGCACUUUGUCGUGGGCGAUGACAAACGCUAUGGACGCUAUCACAAUGUGCCUCUGGAUCAGUUCUCCAAUGAACAGGAGAAGCCCUCCCAUGUGCAUGUCAGCUUGGGUGUGGUAAGCACACUGCGAAAUAUCACCAAGACGCUAUACACGCGCAGCAGCCAUGCACAACAUGCCAGUUCGUUGGAUGACUUCAGCUAUGCGACCUUUGAAAAGGGUCAAUCGUCGGUGGUAGCACUGGCUGUUACCUGUGUGAUCUUUGGCAGCUGUUUGAUUCUGAGUCUUAUUACCUACUUUUAUUUGCGCUACAAGACCUGCCAUGCUCGCGGGUUGCCUGGCCGCAGACGCAACGCUCACGAAAUGACGCAGCAGACGCCCAUCAUCGAGCGAGAGAACAACGGAUAUUUGGUGGAGGACGAGCUGCCACCCACGCUGGAGAGCUUCAAGCAGCAGUUCAAGAUGGCAGUCGAGGGACUGGAGCAAUUGCCACGCAAUGCUCUGCGCCUCAAUGCUAAUGAUGUUAUUGCUGAUGGUCGCUACGGAGAGAUUAUAACCGGACGGCUCAGCGAGGGCGACGCUGUUAAGGACUGUGCACUUCACGUAUUAUCGCUGGAUGACCUGAGCGGUGUGUCGCAGGCACAACUAUUGCGUGAGCUGCGGCAGCUAAAGAAAUUACGCCGUCACGAACUACUCAUAGAUUUUUAUGGAAUCUCGGCAAGCGCUGACUGGUUCUAUGUGAUCUUUGAGCUGCAGCGUGUGAGCCUCAAGCGACGCUUAAUCGAGAGCCGUCAGCCAGCGCCUGCGGCACGCCUAACAGUACUAUCGGAACAACUGGUUCUGCAGUGGAUGUACGAGCUGUCAAGUGGCAUGUCGUAUUUGGGCAGUUGUCAGGUGAUACACCGGCAGCUGUGCGGCUACAGCGUUUACGUGUGCGCUGACUCCAAACUUAAGCUGUGCGUCUUUGGUCCACUGCACUAUGUGACUAACAAUGGCCAGCAGCUGGAUCUGGACCGAUGGCUGGCGCCAGAGGUGUUGCGUCAUCAGCACUACACGACCAAGUCGGAUGUAUGGUCCUUCGCCUGCGUUGCUUGGGAGUGCUGCGCUCUGGGCGGUACGCCCUAUGCAAAUAUAGCCAGCAGUCAACAACUACUAGAAGCGAUACGCACCGGCGUGCGCCCAGCGCAGCCCGCCUAUGUCUACGGGGAUCUGUUCCAGCUGCUACUCAACUGUUGGCAGCUGGAGCCCAGCGAGCGCAUUGGCUUCGAAGAUGUGGCUUUUGGCAUACGUCAGCUGAUGACGUCUCCCAGGCACGCGCUAUGCUUUGAUCGCUCUCCCACGGACCCGAUGGAGACGCUGCCGUUGUACCUGCCGAUGCUCGAGAUAAUCAACUAGUCUAGCCCCAGAACAGCACCGAUUAUAACUUGUAGUAGGCCAAAAUAAUAUACAUUCGACAAACAGCUUAGAAUAAAUAUAAGA